CACAAGCCUGUAGGAUUUCUUGGCUAAGCACCACCCUCUGCGGCGCCUUCUUCUGAUUGGCUCUGAGUAAACCCAGCCAAAGCGUUACUUCCGGCGGAAAAGGACGCGGGAGAUUCGUUUGGAAGGCUCCCGGCGAACUACUGAUCCGGCCGGUCUGAGUCACUGUGUGUCGCCUGGGCCCGCUUCUGGUCUUCUCCCUCAGGGUCUUGCUCUGUCACCCAGGCUGGAGUGCCAUCGCAUCAUCAUAGCUCACUAUGGCCUUGAUCCUCCUGCCUUAGCCUCCCAAGCAGCUGGUACUACAGGCCACGGUGUGAACACAUGAAUAGAAGAAGAAAAUUUCUUCUAGCCUCAGUACUUGCUCUCCAGAACUCGAGUUUUAUAUAUCCAUCAUGUCAGAAGUGCUUCUCUAGGAUAAUCCUGGUCUCCAAAAGGUCUAAUUGUCCGAAAUGUGGCUGUACUGGUGAAUCUGGAAAUGCCAAUUACAGAUACAAACUUUCCUUAAAAGUUGCAGAAUCAAACAAAUUAUUUGUUAUUACUGUAUUUGGAAGUUGCUUAGAUACAUUUUUUGGUCUUACUGCCACUGGUUUGCACAGGUACAUUCAGGAUCCUAAUAAAAUUCCAGAAACACUCGACAAUGAUACAACUCAGAAUCUAUUAACUAAAGCAGUUGAAACUUGCUUUGUUGGACAAAGCUUUAUUUUUGGAGUGACGAAUUUUGAAAGCCACUCUGGACAAGGUGCAGAUGCCAGUAACUUCUUACAGCAAUGCUCUGACCACAAAAGAAAAGCCAGAGCACUAGUGGCUUGCCAGAUUGUUCUACCGGACCCAGGUAUUGCAGGCUUUACUGUCAUUGACUACUUCUGUCAACUUUUGCAGACUUUUAAUUUCAGGAAACUUCAAUGUGACUCUCACGCACCUAACAAUCACUUACUUUCUUUAGAUCACUCAAAUAGUGAUCUCAGCAGCAUAUGUACUUCUGACAGCACUUCUUAUUUUUUCAAGUCCUGCAGCAAGGAUACUUUUUCAAAAUUCUGGCAGCCAUCACUUGAGUUCACUUCCAUUGUUUCAAAGCUAACAGAUAAUGAUGAUUUUUCAGCUUCAGAACAAAGUAAGGCCUUUGGUACUCUUCAGCAGAACAGAAAUUCCAUCUCCAUUGCAGAGGCCACUGGUUCCAGUAGCUGCCAUGAUCCCAUUCAGGAUUCAUGGAGCCUUGUUUCAUAUAUGGAUAAAAAGCGUACAGCAGAAAAGUUGGGUAAAGAACUUGGCUUACAAGCUAAGGAGCUGAGUGCAGUUCACAGCAAUCAUCAUGAAAUUGGAGUUAAUGACUCUAAUUUAUUCUCUUUGGAAAUGCGAGAGCCCCUUGAGUCAAGUAAUACAAAAUCCUUCCACAGUGCAGUGGAAAUUAAAAAUAGGUCCCAGCAUGAGCCACCAUGUUUCCAGCAUCAUGGUAUAGAUACCCCCACUAGCCUUCAAAAGAGGUCUACAUGUUGUCCACCUUCGUUAGUCAGACUUGAAGAGACAGCCAGCAAUUCCCAGGAUGGCGACCCUCAAAUUUGGGAUGAUCUACCAUUCUCUGAAAGCUUGAACAAGUUUCUGGCAGUUCUUGAAAGUGAGAUUGCUAUAACCCAGGCAGAUGUCAGUAGUAGGAAGCAUCAUGUAGAUAAUGACAUUGAUACAUUUCAUGCAGACCACAGCAGGUUAUCUGUGACUCCCCAGAGAACUACUGGAGCCCUGCAUAUACCACCUAUAGCUUUAAGAUCAUCACAAGCAAUAGUCAAAGCAAACUGUAGCAAAGAUGACUUCCUUUUCAACUGUAAAGUAAACCUAAGUCCUAGUGUUGAAAAAGAGUCACAACUAGAUAACAAAGUAGAGGCUGUCUCUGUAAAUCAUAAUGGAAGAGGUAUGUCAGAGUAUUUUCUACCAAAUCCUUACCUGUCAGCUCUGUUUUCAUCUUCAAAAGAUUCAGAAACAAUAGUUACUCUUAAGAAGACUAUCAGAAUCUCACCACCCAGGGAUGAAAUUCUAUUUAGGCCCAGUACUUCAGAGAGUGACCAUUUUAGUCCAAAUAACAAAUAUUUGAAUGGAUGUGGAGAAAAAUCACUUUCAGAAAUGAAUGAAAAGUUGACAACUCUAUGUUCUAGGAAGUAUAAUGAUGUCUCUGAUCUUUGCAAAUUAGAAAAUAAACAAUAUUAUAGGUGGUCCAAGAACCAAGAUGACAGUUUUACAAUUUGCAGGAAACUUACAUAUCCUUUAGAAACUCUUUGCAAUAGUCCAAAUAGAAGUACAAAUACAUUGAAAGAAAUGCCUUGGGGACAUAUCAAUAACAACUUAACGCAGAGCUAUUCUAUUGGUUAUGAUGGUAGCUAUGAUGCCUCUGCUGAUCUCUUUGAUGAUAUUGCUAAAGAAAUGGACAUUGCAACAGAGAUGACCAAAAAAUCACAGGAAAUUUUGUUACAACGGGGAACGUCUUUGGCAGAAAGUCAUCCUUCAGAGUCUGAUUUUUCACUGAGAUCACUUUCUGAAGACUUCAUCCAGCCUUCACAAAAAUUAUCCUUGCAAAGCAUUUCUGACUCUAGGCGUUCAAGAACAUGCUCUCCAACACCUCAAUUUCAAUCAGAUUCAGAAUAUAAUGUUGAAAAUAGUCAAGACUUUGUUCCGUGUUCACAGUCAACUCCAAUUUCAAGAUUCCACCAAACAAGAAUUCAUGGGAUAAACAGAGCUUUUAAAAAACCUGUAUUUUAUUCAGAUCUUGAUGCUAACUAUGAAAAAAUAAGGAUUUUCCCGGAAAAUGACAAACAGCAAGCCAGCCCAAGCUGUCCAAAAAAUAUAAAAACACCUAGCCAGAAAAUCAGAAGCCCUAUUGUAUCUGGUAUUUCACAACCAGAAGUUUUCAAUCCCUCUCCUUUCGCUGAGUGCCAUGAAACCGAUAGUGAUGAAUGGGUCCCUCCUACCACACAAAAAAUAUUUCCUUCAGAUACGCUUGGAUUCCAAGUCAUAGGUCUAGGGAAAUGCCUUGCUGCCCAUCAUUUCCCUGAUCAAGAGUUACCAAGAAAGAAACUGAAACAUAUUAGACAAGGAACCAAUAAAGGUUUAAUUAAGAAGAAAUUAAAGAAUAUGCUUACAGCAGUUGUUAUGAAAGAGAAAACUCCUAAAUAUAACUGUAAAAGUUCAGGCUGGAUUUCCAAAUGUCCAGACAUUCAAGUCUUAGCAGCACCUCAGCUGCACCCUAUUCUUGGACCUGAUUCUUAUUUAGAAUGUUGCCUUCCAUUUUCAGAAAAAGGCCCACCUUCAGUGUGUGAUACUCAAAGUGCUUGGUCACCUGAAUUGUUUUAAUAAAAAGUCACCUGAACCCAAUUCCUGAACUUUUAAAUCUGUUUGGAAAUGUUUGCCUUCAGGGGUAUGGAAAGCAUUCCUUACAUUUUGAACACUUGGAGAGAAGCAAAUUGAAAAAGAGGACUAUGCUGGGUGCUACUGUGCCUUUUAAAAUAUAAAGCCAUUGUUUUCCCCAGGUUUUAUCUAGAAUACUAUGAUUAGGUAAUUGAGCACUUUAUCUUAUACUGUUUAUUUUACUUUAAUAAUAUUGUUAAGAUUGUUUUUGAAAGUAUUAAUAUUUGUUAAAAAUCACCUAUACAUCCAGAAAUAAAGCCUUUGCAAACCAAAA